GCGUGGUCAGGACGAUCCCGAAGCCGAUGUGCAGGAAUCCCGUCAUGAUCUGGAUGGUCUGCAGGACCGGGAUGGACGGGAAUGAGGUCAACUCACCACCGCCCCCCUUCCUCCAGUGCCGCGCCGGCCGCGGGGGCGCCUUGAUCCCACAGCGUCCCCCGAGGGAUCGGCGGGAGGACGGGAAUCCCCCGGGAACGGGCUCCAGGCCGUGUUUACAGGAGCUCAGAAAGAAAGGGGAAAAAAAUAAAAAGAGAGAAAGGAAAAAAAAAAAAGCCCCGGCGCGAAUUCCUGGAAGAAUAAAUCCAUCAAGGGCCAUUAGGCUCCUGCGGCUCCUCCCGGCGGAGCGGGCUCUGGAGGAGUCACCCCACGCCCCCAGCCCUCCCGCUGGCACGGACCUGGCUGCCGGAGAGGUUUGGGAAGAGGAGAGCGUCCAGCUGGAAGCGGAGGGAGUGGUUUCCACGCCGCGGGAGGAAGCGGGAGCAGCCGAGCUGCCCAUCCAGCAGGCACCUGCCAGGGUGGUCCCACAGCCCAGGAGCGGGUGCUCCAGCCGGAAUCCAUCCCUGUCAGCACUGGUCACUCCACAUCCAGAGCCCAGGAUCAGCUCCCCAGCGGCCACACGGCUCCCCAGGACACGGAGCGGGACCGUCACCGAGAGCCACGAGGGGCCACACGUGACAGGAUCUGCAGGAGUAUCUGAACUGCCAAGACAAACUUCCUCCUGAAAUUUGACAGCCAGCUUGGGAAAGCUCCCUGGAGAUGGGGGAAUUCCAGAUCCCUUUGCUGCUGGAGGAUCUUCUCCGACACCGAGCCCGGGGUGUUCCCGGUUGGCACCACUGCAGCAUCCUGGGAUCCCUGGAUUGGGCACUGGUGGCUCCAGGAGUCUUCCUGCUGUGCCACUUCUUCCUGGGAACUCUUCACUGCAGUGGGCUGGGCUCCCAGUUUGACUUCCAGGUUCUUCCUGGCCACGUGCAUCCUCAGGGACAAGCGUGUUCUGCUGAUUCCUGCUGCUCCGAGGGAGCAGGGAGAGCUGUCCACAGAGUCUUCUCCGUCUGGAGCCCGCCAGGAAUCGCUCAGGCUCUUGGAGAGGGGGAGGCUUUCGGAAGGAGUGAGGCUGCCAGAGGAAUGGAGGCUCUCCGAGGGCAGGGGUGACCCUUCCUGCCGUUCCACCCUCUCCUGGGAACACAUGAGGCUUCCAGAGAAACGGAGGCUCUUGGGGGGCUGGGAUGACCCUUCCUGCCGUUCCACCUGCUCCUGGGAGCGCACCACUGGCAUGGGCCAGGCUCCCAUUUUGACUUCCAGGCUUUUCCUGGCCACAUGCACCCUCAGGGAUGAGCUGGCCUUGCUCAUUCCCGCGUCUCCCAGGGAGUAGGGAGAGCUGUCCACGGCAUCUUUCCCAUCUGGAAUCCAGCAGGAAUCACCGAAGCAGCAGUACAGGUGGCCUCGCUCCACCAGCUUCUCCAGGUCCUCCCACAGCACCUGCCACGCCAGAGAAACCCUUGGGAAGGAUAUCCCAUUCCCAGCAUACACAGACACCAGCAGAUCCUGCAGCUCCUGGGCCGCUGUGGCACAGGGGGAGCAGCCGGGGCCGCAUCCACACGGGAUGGAGCCCAUGGGAGCCUCUGGAAAAGCGGGAGCCAUGGGGGAACUGGAAGCAGCUAGAGCCACUCGGCUGCUCCGGGAGCCCAGCAGGACGCCGCUCAUGGCUCCCCCCAUCCCGUUGGGAUCGCACCUAUCCCAUAUCCCUGGGAGCUGGGUGGGGGUGGCUCCCAGUGUUGCCUGGCGACGGCAUGCUGAUGUCACAGCCCUGCUUGUGAUGUCACAGCCCCAGGUCACCCCAGGGCUCGGGUGGGGGGAGAAAGGGGCUUCUAGUGGGCAAUGGAGGCCCCUGUGGAGCAGAAGAGGUGAAAGAUUCCCAGCCAAACAGGACACAGAGAUGAUGAUGAGGAGGAGGAGGAUGGUGUCACCUCCUGGAAAACAUGGAUUAUCGUGGAAAACAUGGAUUGUCCCAUAGGACACUGUGGAGUCCUUGAGGAGGGCAAGCCCCGCUCGGCAGCCACCAAACCAUCCCUGUGUGAUCCACAGCAUUUCCAUCCCGAGUUCCUGAAUCCGAACCCAGCUACCAGGAAUAAAAUGGAACCUUAUCC